CUCAAUGGCAGAGAAGCUGCGCGCAUGCGUAUUCGUAGUUCACUCAGUCGGUCAUGGCGGCUUUGAGAUCCAGACUUCCUUGGCUGUGGAGAGUUCCGACGAGGUUGUCUCGCCGCUUGUGCAGCAGCAGCAGCGGCGGCGGCGGCGGCUUUAGCCCUCCUGGACGCGCCCUCACAGUGCCCGAGCGCAUCGAAGAGAAACGUCGGGCUGCGCUGCUCGGGGGUGGCCAGGCCCGCAUAGAUGCACAGCACCGGCGGGGGAAACUGACGGCUAGGGAGCGUGUGCUUCUCUUAUUGGAUCCUGAUAGUUUUGUAGAAUAUGACAUGUUUGUGGAACACAGAUGUGCAGAUUUUGGGAUGGAGGCUGACAAAAACAAGUUCCCUGGAGAUAGUGUGGUAACUGGUCAGGGUAGAAUUAAUGGGAGGCUGGUGUACGUCUUCAGCCAGGACUUCACUGUCUUUGGAGGCAGUUUAUCUGGAGCUCAUGCCCAAAAGAUCUGCAAGAUCAUGGAUCAGGCUGUUAUGGUUGGUGCUCCCGUGAUUGGACUGAAUGAUUCAGGAGGGGCCCGUAUCCAAGAAGGAGUAGAGUCACUUGCUGGUUACGCUGACAUUUUUUUGAGAAAUGUUUUAUGUUCUGGAGUAGUACCUCAAAUUUCUCUUAUUAUGGGCCCUUGCGCUGGAGGUGCUGUAUAUUCUCCUGCUUUAACAGAUUUCACAUUCAUGGUAAAGGACACUUCCUAUCUGUUCAUAACUGGCCCUGAUGUGGUCAAAUCAGUUACUAAUGAAGAUGUUACACAGGAGCAACUUGGGGGUGCAAAGACACACACUGCAGUAUCAGGCGUUGCACAUUGUGCUUUUGAGAAUGACGUAGAUGCUUUGCUUAAUCUCAGAGAGUUUUUUAAUUACCUACCACUUAGUAACAAAGAUCCAGCUCCAGUGAGAGAAUGCCAUGACCCUAGCAACCGGUUGAUUCCUGAGUUGGAUACAAUAGUCCCAAUGGAAUCUACAAAAGCUUAUGACAUGGUGGAUAUUGUCCGUUCGAUUGUUGACGAGAGAGAAUUCUUUGAGAUCAUGCCUUCUUAUGCCAGAAACAUUGUGGUUGGAUUUGCUAGAAUGAAUGGAAGAACUGUUGGAAUAGUUGGCAACCAGCCCAAAGUGGCAUCAGGCUGUUUGGAUAUAAACUCCUCUGUGAAGGGAGCCCGUUUUGUUCGCUUCUGUGAUGCUUUCAACAUCCCGCUAAUAACAUUUGUAGAUGUGCCAGGAUUUUUACCAGGCACAGCCCAAGAGUACGGUGGAAUUAUACGUCAUGGGGCAAAACUGCUUUUUGCUUUUGCAGAAGCAACUGUGCCAAAAAUCACUAUCAUCACAAGGAAGGCUUAUGGUGGGGCCUAUGAUGUGAUGAGUUCAAAGCAUUUAAGAGGAGAUGCAAAUUAUGCUUGGCCAACAGCUGAGGUAGCAGUGAUGGGUGCCAAGGGUGCUGUUCAAAUAAUUUUCAGAGGAAAAGGAGCACAUGCAGAAGCUGAAUAUGUGGAAAAGUUUGCCAACCCUUUCCCUGCAGCAAUCAGAGGUUUUGUGGAUGACAUAAUUCAGCCAUCUUCUACUCGACUUCGUAUUUGCCGUGAUUUAGAAGUAUUAGCCAGCAAAAGACAAUCUAACCCUUGGAAGAAGCAUGCCAACAUUCCACUUUGAAUUUGCUGGAAGUGAAAGGAUAGAAGAAUAUGGGGAAAUGAAUGUACUCCAGAUGCCUGUUGAUUCAGACAUUUUGAAAUAUAUGGGUAAUUUCAGUGGAUAACAUUCAAGAAGGGAUGCAGGACUAUGAGUAUAUCCCUGUCGUGUUCAUGUAAAAGUUGCAAGAUUUGUAAAUCUGAUACUUUGUAAAGACAGAACAUCAGACUUCAUAAACCUGAAAUAGCAUAAUAGAAGCCAUACAGUACACAAAAUUAAAUUUAGAUUAUUUCGGACAAAAUUUCUCCGUGGGGAUAUUAUUUUGGUGAAUAGGUAAAAUUAUCAUGCAGAUAUAGGGGCUGCAAGAGAGAGAUCAUCAAUAGUAUAAUUCACCACAAGUUUCAGAAUUGUUCAGUGCAAAUACUAAUCUGGAUAAACCUGUCUACAAGAUGUUUUUGCUUAUUGGAGGUCUGACAAGAUUCUUCUCCCUAUGAUUUCUAGGGCAUUAUACUGUUGGUGAAGGAGGUUCUGUUUUGUUGCUGCGGAGUAUGUGUUUGAUGGAGAUUACCUCCAUGGUGGUUGGAAACAUUUGAUUCUUAUUAGGCUACAUAAAUAGCCCUUGUGGACCCAUGAACUGAUUAUUCAUUUUGAUUUGCUAUCCAGGUCUUUUUGGAUAUCCUGGGUUAUGAAUGUUUUCUGAUUCUCUUUUAUGUCUUUGUAGGUGGGGAUGGGUAGUUGUGUUUUUAACUGCUGUUAGCUGCCCAGAGUCGUGUGGGAUAUAACAAAUAAAACAAAAUAAGUGGAUGCGAAUAAUCUGAAACUGCAGAAAAUAUGUAACCUUAUAUCUCCACACAGUAAAAUCCAGUACAGGUAUUUUAGAAGUUGAAUUUCUGUGACCUGUUUUGAAAACAUUUUUGAAAUUUUUGCGUGCAUUUUUUUUGCCUUGAACAUGAGGUGUGCUAAAUCAGUGGUCUCCAACCUUGGGCCUCCAGAUGUUCUUGGAAUUCAACUCCCAGAAAUCCUGGCC